AUGUGGACAUCAUGCACAACUGAUAGCUACCUCACUGUCACUUGCCAUUUUCUGCAAGGGACGGUUAUGGGGUCUGCCGUGUUGUCGACAACCGUUUUUCACGGGUCUCAUACUGCGGAGAACGUUGCCCAGGCUAUCGGAGAUGUGGCUGACGACUGGGGUAUCCGCUACACAAUCGUUGCUCUUGUCACCGACAAUGACAAGAGGAUGAUUCUUGCAGCAAGAUUGCUUGGUAUAGAUCACCUACCAUGCUUCGCUCAUACGUUGAAUCUAACAGUCCAAGAUGGUCUAAAAAGCAGUGACGAACUUAAUACUGUGCUGUUAAAAUGCAAGAACAUUUUGCGUCACAUAAGGUCAAGUUCCGUCGCUACCGCCAAGCUCCGAGAAGAACAAGAGCGCAUUGGUAAGGUACCCCAACUAAAACUCAUCAAGGAAACUCCAACACGGUGGAACAGUAUUUUUUACAUGCUGAAGAGGAUCCUAGAAGUUUGGGAGGCCCCUACUCUGACUCUGUCGAAGUUACCUCGCGCACCAAGCCCUUUGUCAGCAGAAGACGUCAUGCUCAUCGAGGAUGUUGUGGCGAUUCUAGAACCGUUUGAAGAGGCCACAAAACUGAUGUCCGGAGAUCAGUACACAACGAUUUCUUUGGUCAUUCCUGUCGUCCGCGGUACCGUCACGGAGAUUGAAGAGCGCAUCGAGCCCACACUGAAAACGACAGUGGCUAAAAUUGUAGUUCAAUAG